UGACUGGCAACUCGUGACGUCACCGGCUCCUUCCAUUGAAUCAAAACAUGGCGGCUGCCAUGGAGCUGAGAUGCUGGGGAGGAGACUGGGGUCUGCCUUCCGUCCACACCGAGUCUCUCAUAGUUCUGGCAUACGCUAAAUUUUCUGGGGCAAAAGUCACAGCUUCUCCCAUCGACUGGACAUGGAAAACUCUCACAGCGACAGUCCCAGAGCUGGUUUGUGGAGACUCUGCAGUUAAAGAACCUUCACAGAUUCUCAAUUUCCUGAGAAAACAGAGAUUUAAUGCAGACUAUGAGCUGACAGCCAGACAAGGAGCAGACACCAUGGCGUACAUCGCUCUGCUUGAAGAGAAACUACGACCAGCUCUGUUGCACACUUUCUGGGUGGAUGCAGAAAACUACGCCAACCUGACGCGGCCGUGGUUUGCUUCUCGCUCGCCGUUCCCUCUUAACUUCCUCGUCCCGAUUUGCCAUGCCAAGAUCGCCCUCUCACGCAUCCUGCUGACCAAAGGAGAGUCGCCGCUACACAGAAUCACCGAGGUGGAAGGAAAGAUCUACAGUGACGCUAAAGAGUGCCUGAACCUGCUCUCCUACAGACUGGGAACAGCAAACUACUUCUUUGGCAACUCGCCAACCAGUCUGGACGCCUUUGUGUUUGGUUUUGUGGCUCCUCUCCACAAAGCCAGCCUCCCCAGCAGCCCUCUGCAGAGCCACCUCAGACAGCUGGAUAACCUCACGUGCUUCUGCGACAACAUCCUGGCAGUCUAUUUCAGCUCAAGCCAACCUUGUCCUCCCCCACCUGUUCAGGAAACAAUGGAUGCCAACCUGCAGAAACUAACUCAGCUUGUAAACAAAGAAUCCAACUUGAUAGAGAAGAUGGAUGACAAUCUUCGCAGCAGUCCUCAGCACAAACCCCACCGACCAGACCCCAAACCCAGUCUGGCCAGUGAGAAGAGCUCUACCCCUGCCUAACCCCUGACCCUUAAAACCUGACUCCCAGAUCCAGCCUCAUGAAGCGAAGAGGAACACCCUGUAGAUAAAAGGUGCAGUUAUGAAUCGGACUAAAUUCAUAAAAUUGUCAUCAACUUGAACAAUAUCGCGAAAGGAAAAUAACUUAAAAAAUAGAAAAUAUGCUCCUAUAAUUAUAAAAGGGACUAUUUUAAGAUAAUGAUGAUAGAUUUCAAAGAUGUUGGUCUGAAAGAGAAGAAAAGUGCAUGUGUAAGUUGUUUUUUUUUGUAAAAGGUUGAGCGCAUGUACGUGGUUGAGGGUGGAAUGCUAUGAAGUGGUGCUAAAUGAGAAAGACACAGAAAGUUCAAAGGGAAGCUAAAAGAAAUGAGAAGUCUAGCAGGGAAAAUUAGGGACACUGUUUGACCUCUGAGAGUGUACAUUUUCUGUUUUAACCUCUUACUCAUUUUGUUUUCUUUAAGGGAUAUACGUUUUCUGUUUGGAUUGUUCUGUUUUUCAUACGAUGGCACAACAGAAACAACUGCACUGCGUCAUGAGGAUAUUGAAAUUACUGACUUAAAGAUACCUUGAUCACAAAGUAGAACUAUGUUGGACUAGAGCACCUUAUGACAAGAUUUAUUUAGUUUGCUUAUGUUACAACACUAUAAAUCUGUCAUUGCAGCGAGGAUUUUAGAUCCUUUAGCACCCUUCUGAGCACAUGUCCUUCCUAAAAUCCACUGUAAAAAUGUUCUGUAAAUUCAGAUAACAUUAAAUUUAGUGUAAUGUAUAGAAUAUAUGCACUCGUGACUAUAGGAAUAACCAGUUACUCAUUUUGCUUUGCUCUCACCUCAUUUGCUUUGUACAGCUUGUAUAGUUGUAAAUAGUUUCAUGAUUACUUCAAGUAAACAAAUCAAUGCAAUUUACAUGUUUCCUCUAAUAGGGCUCAUUAGCUUGUUCGCAAUCUUUACUAGGUACACUGAGGUAAUGGAAGGGCCUUACGUACUGUAUUAACUUAUUCAUGCAAAAUAUUUGGGACUAAUGUGUGUUUGUGUGUGUGUGUGUGUGUUUCCUCAGAAACCAGCGUAUCUUUCAAUCAUUUUUUUUUCUUUCUCGUGCAAGAACUUCUGUCAUUAACAAUCCACUCACUUCUGUUGUUGCCUUUUUUUUCAUGACUCAAAAUUUUUUGUAAAACAUUUAUUUUGUGUUUAUUGUCAUGGUUUGCUGUGCCUACAGUAUUUAACUAUCUGCCACUUUGUUUAACCUGAAUGUCUGUCCCAGUUGGGAAUGUGUUGCCUUUUUUGCUUUAUUUUUACAGUCUGAUUAUUUUUAAGACAGAUUUUUCAUUUCCUGUCAUGUUCCCUGAUCUCCAUACAGCUUAUACAUUACUGAACUGUCUCCAUGUUAUUGCUUUCAUGAUUAUUCAGUGUCUCAGUCUGAAAGUACUAAUAUUUAUAAAGAAACUUGGACUCUUCCAACUCCCAAAAAACUUCAUAGAUACAUUCCCUUUAAAGCACCAUAUUCUGAAACAAGAGCGAUCAUUUGGGUAUGUGUGCUGCCCGUCACUACAUGUUAUUGGACGGCAAACAGGCUUGUGAGGACCGUAUGGGUGCAGUGUGCCUUCAUGACUGCUGGUGUCUUUGCACAGUCGACAAAAUGCUAACAGUGUCCUUCAUAAUUUUGAUAUGUUGUCAUAAAUUAUCUUUGACAUUUCUGUGGUUGUCUUCAUAUCAUUGCAAUAUAAAUAUGAUAAUCAAACUAU